UUUCAGGCUUCCAAAAAAUGUAGAGAAAAGAAAUCGAUGGCUUGCGAUACGUAAAACAAAAAUACGUAAUUUUACACAUACUGCUACGUCAGUAAUAUGCAAUCAACAUUUUGAAAAAGAAUGUUAUUACGUAACGGCCACCGGCAAGUUUAUGAUAAAACCUGAUGCUGUACCAACAAUAUUUAAUUCAUCAUUAAAAGCAAACUAUAAUAUACAUGAUACGAAUGAGGAGAUGCAGCCGCAAAAUACAUGCAAUGAAAAUGAAAAUAUUAUAAUAGAAGCAUCCAGUACAUAUUGUGAGGAAGAACGUGCAGAAUCUAUCUGCAAAGAAUCAAUUCCGGAAACAACUACACAAGGAACAACAAUCAUGGGUCAUUUAUCAAACAAGUCUACUCAGAAAAAACAUCGUCAAAACAUACAACGCAUUCGAAGCAAAUUGAAUAAAUUGAUAACUUUUAAGAAUCAAUAAAUAAUUUAUUUACAAUUAAA